AUGACCAACUGCAUGACGGUGACGGUGAUGGUGUUGGUGUUGGUGUUGGUUGCUGCUCAGGACCCGCCCACGUUGGAGUCCAGACUGAAGGACCUGGAGUGCCACUUCACCUGGGGCCUGGAUUCCAGACGUUCCAAACUGAUCCACAGCAGGUACAUGCUGGAAGACAUCGGCACCGAGGAGGGAAACCUCUGGCUGGGUCAUAUUUACAACCUGCAGGGUUUCAUCUGGUGUCAGCUCGGUGAUAAAGAAGAGGCCCAGCGUUUCCUCACCAGGGCCACCCAGACCUUCCGACAGCUGAAGAACACGGAUGAAGGUCCCUGGUUGGUGGUGAACUUUGGGAAUCUGGCCUGGCUGCACCACCUUCUGGGAGAAGAUGAACAGAGUCAGGAUUACCUGUCAAAGGUUGACGUUCUGCUGAGGGAACUCCCGCCUAUAUUCCAGGACAAGCUCCACCCGGAGAUCUGUGCAGAGAAGGCCUGGACCCUGAUGAAGUUUGACCGACAGCCGCAGGCUGCAGAUUACUUCCAGAAGGCAGUGGAGAUGCAGCCGAACAUGGUGCACUGGAGGACCAGCCAUGUGAUUGGGAGGGUGAAGGCUCACAGGUACAGCAACAAAAACCUGGAUCAGGACAUCUGGAAGGAGAUGAGGGAGGCCAGGGAGCUGGAUCCAGAUAACACGUACCUCGCUGCCCUGGAGCUGCUCAUAAGAGCCAAGAGAGGAGACCAAGUCAGGGAUGAAGCUCACGAGCUGGAGGAAAAGAUCUUACUGAAUCCUGUCAGCAGUUACAGUGGCAUCAAGGUCCUGCUCUGGGUGUACAAACAGCUGGACGACAUAGACCAGGCCAUUGAUUUGGUAGAGAGGGUCCUGAAGGAUCAUCCUGAUAAUCGAUACCUGAAAGAGUGCAACGCACUCUGCUACAAAUGGAGAAUCCUUUCCUUCAGGGACAGUUGUCCAAACCCAUCUAGAGGCUUGAUGAAACGAGCUAUCAGCCUGCAGGAGCAGGCGAUCACUCUUUACCCCGAUCGCCGUUCCCUCAUGAAGAGGAUUGACCUUGCAGACAUAUGUGCAAAAAUAAGCGGUGAUCCCCCGAGAGCAUAUCAGAUUUACCAGGAGCUGCUAAGCCUGGACCUGGAACCUGAAGACAUGCAGCCGGUCUACUACCGCUACGCCAAAUACUUACACUACCACCGGGGGGAAUCAGACAAGUCCAUCACCUACCACAUGAAGACAGCAGAGAUCCCUGUGGAGUCCUCCAUCAGGCAGAAGAGCAUCAGACAGCUGAAGAGGAUCAGUGAGCGAGGCAGGAGCAAGAAGUGUGGAGAAAUCAAGAAGUUCCUGGAAACACUGCAGGAGGACCAGCCUGAGUGA